AUGACAGGAAAGGGAAGAGAGAUAGUAGACAUGAUGCAGUGGAGGAAGAUAAAGGCUUUAUGUGUGCAAGAGACAAGGUGGAAGGGCAAUAAGGCAAAGAUCUUAGCUGAAGGCUAUAAGCUAUUUUAUAGUAGUGAAAGCCCGGAAUCAAGAAAUGGAUUUGGAGUUAUUCUGCACAGAGAGCUUCAAGAAGAGGAGUUUGGUGAAAAAGUACUGGGAAAGGUAGAAUUGGCAGAGAGUGUGCAGGAGUGGUGGAAAAUAAAUAGUGCUGUUAUAAGGAAGACCGGGGAAGAAGUGUUUGGGUUAACAUCUGGGAGAGGGGUGCCAAAAGAUAAGGAAGCAUGGUGGUGGAAUGAAGAAGUGCUGAAGGUUGUGAAGGAAAAGAAAGACGCUAAGAGGAAGUGGGAUGUGUCCAGAAGUGCUGAGGAUGGGCAAGCAUACAAAAGUGCAAAGAAGGAGGCAAAACGAGCCGUGGCUAAAGCUAAAGCUGAAUCAGUAAGGGAGGCAUACGAACAACUACAGAAAAAUCAGGAUAUGCGACAACUGAUACGGAUAGGCAAAUCAAGAGAUAAAGCUUCUAAGGAUCUAACAGCAAUAAAACAAAUGAAAGAUGAAACGUAUAUUUCUGCAUGA